AAAGUCUUCCUCUUCCCAUUUUGCCAUGUUAAAAGACAGAACCCACGUCAAAGGAAAAGAGUCCACCUUCAAGACGCACUCUUUAGGUUCCCAUCUUUGCACUUUUCUCUCUCAGCUUCCAAUUCCCAGAACAUUACUACUGUUUUUUUAACCUUGGGAGGCCUGGAAAUCUGCCUCCUAGAUUUUGUCAGUCAACUUUACAGAGCAGUCUAAAGCCCGCCAGACAACCCCCUCGGGGUUCAUUAGUGGUAACAGACAAGGUCGGUAUCAUGGACCAAGGGGGCGCAGCCACCAGAAACGGUGGCUCGGGAAGCGGCUCAGUCGGUGUUCAGAUCCAACAAUCCCGAAGGCUCCCGGAUUUCCUUCAAAGCGUCAAUCUCAAGUACGUGAAAUUAGGCUACCACUAUCUAAUCUCCAAUCUUUUGACCCUUUGUUUCAUCCCUCUAAUCGCGGUUAUUUCAAUCGAAGGUUCUCAAAUGAAUCUCGAUGAUUUACGCCAGUUAUGGCUUCACCUUAAAUACAAUCUAGUCAGCAUAAUCAUUUGCUCUGCUAUUUUAGUGUUCGGGUUAACGGUGUAUAUCAUGACCCGUCCCCGACCGGUUUACCUUGUCGAUUAUUCUUGUUACCGUGCUCCGGACCAUCUUAAAGCUCCCUACGGUCGUUUCAUGGAGCACUCAAGGUUAACUGGUGAUUUUGAUGAAUCGUCUCUCGAGUUCCAGCGGAAGAUUUUGGAGCGCUCGGGGCUCGGAGAAGAGACUUAUGUGCCUAAAGCAAUGCACAAUAUUCCUCCAACGCCGUCCAUGGCGGCGGCGCGGGACGAAGCUGAGGAGGUUAUGUUUGGGGCAUUGGAUAUUCUUUUUCGGAACACGAAUGUCAACCCCAAGGAUAUUGGUAUUCUUGUUGUGAAUUGUAGUUUGUUCAAUCCAACGCCUUCGUUGUCGGCAAUGAUUGUGAAUAAGUAUAAGCUGAGGGGAAAUAUUAGGAGUUUUAACUUAGGUGGGAUGGGGUGUAGCGCUGGGGUUAUCGCAGUGGAUCUUGCUAAGGAUUUGUUGCAGGUGCACAGGAAUACGUAUGCUGUUGUUGUGAGUACUGAGAACAUUACUCAGAACUGGUAUUUUGGGAAUAAGAAGUCUAUGCUGAUACCAAAUUGUUUGUUUCGCGUUGGGGGUUCUGCGGUUUUGCUUUCGAAUAAGUCUAAGGAUAGAAGGCGGGCUAAGUAUAAGCUUAUUCAUGUGGUGAGGACUCAUCGUGGUGCAGAUGAUAAGGCGUUUAGGUGUGUGUAUCAGGAGCAGGAUGAUGCAGGGAAGACGGGUGUUUCACUGUCUAAAGAUUUGAUGGCAAUUGCUGGAGGUGCGCUAAAGACCAAUAUCACCACAUUGGGCCCUCUUGUGCUUCCAAUCAGUGAGCAGCUUUUGUUCUUCACAACCUUGCUGGUGAAGAAACUGUUCAAUGCCAGUGUCAAGCCUUAUAUUCCAGAUUUCAAGUUGGCAUUUGAUCAUUUCUGUAUACAUGCUGGUGGAAGGGCUGUGAUUGAUGAGCUGGAGAAGAAUCUGCAGCUGCUACCAGUACAUGUGGAGGCUUCCAGGAUGACUCUCCAUCGUUUCGGAAAUACUUCUUCGAGCUCCAUUUGGUAUGAAUUGGCGUACAUUGAGGCUAAGGGGAGGAUGCGGAAGCGCAACCGUGUCUGGCAAAUUGCAUUUGGAAGUGGUUUCAAAUGUAAUAGCGCAGUCUGGGAAGCACUUCGGAAUGUAAAGCCAUCUGGUAAUGGUCCCUGGGAAGAUUGUAUUGAUAACUAUCCUGUGAAAAUAAGUACCUAGGUGUACAACAUUUUGAGUUAGAUUCUAUAUUUAGACACAGUAUUAAUGGGAAGGUAGACCGCAAUAUCUUGCUUUUAUCCAAGUCUUGAUGUGUACUUAGUCAUCCUUCAGCUUGUUAUCAAAUGUGGCUACCUUUGUGUUUCAUUUUUUGAACUUGCAUGCAUCUCUGGAGUACUAUCAUGUGAGACUUGCUCAUUUUGUACCAUAACAGUCCAUCUAUUUUACUGGUCAUUGACCUGUUUGAGACUAA